AUGACUUCUGCUCUGGUUGACAUGGGUUGGGUGGAGCCAGCCUUUGUAGUCUUUUGAGUGAUGGCGAAUCGGCAAGAUAACGUUUUAUUCUGAAAAUAACUAACCGGAUGUUGUAUUUGUUUCUGUCCAGCGAAGUUACUUACAGAAGCACAUUGGAUUUCAUUGAAAGAUGUAGUGUUAUGUGAAUCUUCAAGUUACCGCCCUGUGACAUGUAUCUGUAUAUUUAGGGUUCUGUUAACCCGUCUUCUAUCCUGAAAAUCAACAAGACUUGAACUAGAGGUCGUCACCAAAACGUUUUAUUAAUUACCACUUCCGGUUCUUUUUGGACGAAACUACGAGAUCAUCUGAUGAACUGCCCACGUCCAACUGCAUCGUGUUUAUUAUGGUCUUCAACAAAGAGAAUGGGUCUGAGCUGCGGAUCUACGCUUGGAUUCGCACAGCUUCCGCAGUUCUGUCGCACUGUCUCUGCGUCGUCUUCACUGUGUUCGUCGCAGUUCUGUCCCGACCGGGUACAAGUUGGUUUUCCUGGCAUCCUUUCUUGAUGACACUAGCAUUCUCCUUCUUCAUGACAGAAGCUAUACUUAUUUUCUCCCCCUAUGGCUCCCUCUUGAAGAAGUUCUCACACAAGACCAAAGGUCGCAUCCACUGGUUCCUGCAGGUCCUCUGUGUGUCCUGUGCAGUCCUGGGUCUGGCAGCAAGACCUCACAUCGGACCAGGAAAAACUCCCAAAUAA